AGUUCCGGUUCCGCUGAGUCUAUGACGCCGCCAUUUUAGCGCAGAGCGGGAGUGAAGGUUGUGGAAGCGGGAGGACCCUGGAGGAAAAAUGAGUGCUCCAACAGCAGAUGAGAGGAAAGCCUGUUGGGGAGCGAGGGAUAGGUACUGGCAGUGUCUGGAUGAGAGUGAUAAGGAUCCUUCAGAAUGUCAGAAGUUAAGAACAAUAUUCGAAGGCAGCUGCCCACAGCAAUGGAUCAAGUACUUUGAUAAAAGAAGAGACUAUUUAAAAUACAAAGAGAAACUGCAAAGUGGAGGAUUUCAGCAACAGGAGAAUGUCAUCAAACCAUAGCCAUCCGCAGAAGAGGAGAGCAGGGACAGGUCAGGUUUCGGAGUCAAACAUCCCACUGUGAAGGACUCUUGAUAGCGGCUGAAAUCAUCAAUCCUGAAAUUGCUGGCGGUUCCUGAGGAGAUUUAUGGUUGAGAGAUCAGCUAAUAUUAACAGUUACACCUGGUUCCACCAGUAGCCAGAUUUCAGAGAAGAGCAGUUACAGCAAUGUGAACAACCACUACUCAGGGCUUAAGAUUUCCUCUCUUUUGAGUUUGUAAUGGAAUCACAAAUAUACUUUAAAUUAAUGUAUUGACUGUUUCAAUACAAAUGAUAAGUGGAAGAUAUCUUGGCUCAUUUGCACUGUUUCUUGGUGAAACGACGCAGUGACUAUUAGAAUACUGUCGCAUUGUGUCAUUAUCAGUGAUUGCCAGUCUGUUUAGCACUUCGAUCACAGUGUAUUUAGGAAAGAUUGCACUGAGGAAAUGGUAUCUCACCCGGUUAAACGACCACUUCAAAUUUUGUCGUCUGCCUGUGAUUGAGCUGUGACCAGCCAGUUAUCAACUUACUUCAAAAUGCAUUGUCCAGAUAUGAGCCAGGUUUGGAGGGGCAUAGAACUAUGUGGGUGGCUAGCCAUUGGUAUGCUGAGCAUAUUGAGAAAAAUGAGCUUGAGGGGGUGCUGUUGUCCCUGAUUACAUUUCAAUGGAAAAUCAAAGAGAUCACUUAAUAAAUUAUUUUUAAAAAUCACACUCUACACUUUUAAAAUUAAAUUUGUUUUGCAAAACAGAAUUUUCUAUCAAAGAAUUAGCAUGAUAUGAGAAAAUUGACUGGUUCCAGGGUCUUCUCUCCAAACCUGAAUGCAGCACAGGGAUAAUGCUUCCCUCUGCUGGUGUAUCAGUAUAACACAACUGGAUUCCCAUCAAAUGGGAAUUAGUCCCUACUCAUGAUUAAACUGUUAAAAUGUAUGUUAUUGAAAUUUUUAAAAAAGGUUUAUCCCUUAACACAUGCUCAUUAAUGUAAUGGGAAACCAAUUUUUAAAACUUUUUGAGUAAUGUUAACUUCAUAAUUUGUGUCUUUAAAUAAUGUGUCUUCAUUUAAUGUGUGUGUGUAUAUAUAUAUAUAUAUAUAUAUAUAUAUAUGGUGGAAAAUAUUGAGCUAGCAUGCCAGUUGUGGGCGGCAUGGUGGCACAGUGGUUAGCACUGCUGCCUCACAGCUCCAGAGACCCGGGUUCAAUUUCUGCCUCAGGCGACCGACUGUGUGGAGUUUGCACGUUCUCCCCGUGUCUGCGUGGGUUUCCUCCGGGUGCUCCGGUUUCCUCCCACAGUCCAAAAAUGUGCGGGUCGGGUGAAUUGGCCAUGCUAAAUUGCCCGUAGUGUUAGGUAAAGGGUAAAUGUAGGGGUAUGGGUGGGUUGCACUUUGGCGGGUCGGUGUGGACUUGUUGGGCCGAAGGGCCUGUUUCCACACUGUAAGUAAUCUAAUCUAAUCAGUUUGGAGAAAUAUUUAAAUGAUCAAUUUAAACAUACGAGUGAAGUCAAUUAAGCAUGUUUUUGGUCCUUUCAGGAGCAAGUGUCAGUCAGCACUUUUAAAUGUUGUGAGAUAUUUUUAAACAGCUCCUCUCACUGCUGUCACCAGUGACAGACUUACAAGUACAAACUCACUGUGGAAGGAUAGAAUCUGUUGGAUGUCUUUUUUCACAGCCCAAGUGGGUGUAGUGCAAAAAAAUGUGUACGUACACUCUUAUGGCAUACCAAAAUCCUGCUGGCAAUAUGAAUUGUCCUAUAGUGACCCCAAAAAAAGUUACUGCUUUGAAACUGCCUCCCCCUGUAAACAAAAUGUGGAAGGUAUGAUAACCUUUUGUUCAGUUCCAGUUUCUGAUGAAGGUGUUCUUAAAGAACAUGUUUGCCAUUUCACUAAAAAUAGCAACUAGAGUAAAUUUUUGCUAUACAUCACAGAUGCAACACGACCAGAGGGAUGCUGCCAAUCUCCUCCCCGCCUCACUCUGGGAAUAGCUGCAAUAGAGUGCUUUCUCUGUGAUUUCCUGCGUCGCUUUCAUUUCUGUUUCUAAUUCAUGACUUUAAUUAAUGUAUUGGCAAUGUCACGCCUAUUAUGCCCCAAUUAAUAGUUGUUGAAUAAUGAAACUUGAAGUAAUUAAUUCACUGGACCUCUUUAAAAAGGUCAAGACCACUAAAUACGGUCUGUUCCCAUUUGAUCCUUGGUGUGUAUUCAUAGAAAAUCAUAACUUGUAUCUUCCUUCCUAUGAUCAUGGUGGAGGUAUUUUGCGAAAUAAAUUCUAUGCAUUGUUCUCUA